GGAGAAUAUGGUUAAAUCUACAAAGAAAGCGAAGCAGGAAAUGAAUUCCCAACCUGAACAAUCAGCAACAUUUGACAUUUCCUUUAUCAUCUCAAUGCUCGAAUCCUCAUGCCGUAUUCAACUGUCCACAGCUCUACACUUUUUUCGUAAAGCUUUUGCCAAUCAGUCAGAUUUAUCGAACAUCGCUCUGAAGGAGCAGUUUUAUGGAAGAAUUAAGAAUGGCGUUCUCAAUGCUCUUCGUAAUCAAACGUUAGACAUUGACAGUGAGGUUAACGCUGUUUGGAUUAUCACUAAUAUGUGUUGUAUUAGCCAGGAAGUUACUCACUUGUUUGUAAACUCGAAUUGUCUAGAUAUCUUGAUCAAACUCGUUCGGUCUCAAAACGCUCGUCUCUCAAGUCAAACUGUUUGGGCAAUUGCAAAUAUUGCAGCUGAUUGUUCUUCGUGCAAAUUGAAAUGUAGAUCACCUAAACUUUUGAAGAUACUCGCCAGAAACUUACAAACGUCGUAUAAACUCGACGAUGCAGACCGACGCCAACUCAUUUGGUGUGUCAAUAAUAUUUUUUCCGGUGGCCGAACAACGAUGCCAUCACCAGUAGCUCGUUCACUUAUUUGUGCUUUGUCUGCAAUUUUACUCGACACAGACGCUGUCGAUAAUAUGGGAUGUGGUUCAAUGAUUUUAUGGACUCUUGCCAAUUUGGUUGACAACUCACUAGAUACCACACGGAUCGACAUGCUUCUUUCCCAAAACUACGUUGUUGAGCAUAUUCUCGAAAAAUUUAUUGAUCAAACGGACAAGUCAUGCAAUGUUUCAUGCCUCCGCCUUAUUGGAAAUAUUGCAGUCGGGAAUGAUGUUCAGACUGAUCUGUUGGUUGAUAAUCCCAAGUUUAGAGUUGUUAUGAAUAUUGCAAUGUCAUCUCCGGAGCAUCACAGUGAAGCCGCAUGGAUCAUAUCAAACGUUGUUGCCGGUGCUCCAAGACACGUGGAUUACAUAAUGGAUGAUCCAGAUGCUUUCUAUGAAUGGGUGAUGGCUGGGAUUCAUACUGGAGACAAACGCUUGAGAAAGGAAUGUCUGUGGAUUAUUGGAAAUCUAUUGGCAACUGCAGAUGAGCAUCAAACGUAUCUUCUCGUCUCCUUAGGAAUAGUACAGCAUUUUCCAGCUCUUCUCGAUUUUGAUGAUGUUCGUUUGAAUGAAAAGGCGGCGACAACUGCAACUGAACUGCUCCGUGAGCAUCCAUGGCAGUACACAUUGUUCCAACGUUUGGAUAUUUUGGGAUGUAUUGAGAGAGCUGGAGCAAACUUUUCGAUUCAAAAAGCCGAACUGAAAUCUUUGAUGAAUGACUUGGCGCCACCUGAACGGAAAGAUGAAGAUAUUGCCAAAGGAUGUUCUGUGAUUUGCUACAGCAAGCUCUCAGACGACUUUCACAGCAUGAGCAUUUGAAUUUACUCGUUUGAAAAUAAAAAUACGAAUUUUG